AUCACUCCGGGCUCUUUAUUGCAGGGUUAGUAAAUAAUUAUGUCAUGAAGCGAAUUGUAGACUAAAUAUGAACUGUUGCAAAUGGAUUCUGAAGAGCGCAGCGCAACCCAAACCCCUUGACGUCAGGCUUGGCGCCCGCGAGUCUCACGCUGUCCAUCACAGUGAGACCUCUUCACUUUGCAAAUUCCUCUCCUGCCUCUGACUGCAUGGCCGAGGCUGGUGCACAGUGUUUCCGUCAGUCAAAGCGGCAGGUCGAUGCCUCAUUGGCUGUCCGCCCUCGCGCUCGGGCCCGCCUCCCGCGCCUUCAAAUGACACUGUGAGAACGCCGCUCCAGCCAUACGCAAUUCGCACGCUCGCGCUGGCCGAGAGGACAAGAUGAAGAGGAGCCACGAUUUCAGCUCGUCGGACAGCGAGCUGGACGAAGCCAUCGAGGUGGAGAAGGAGAGCGCAGAUGAGAGCGGCAACAUUCGCUCUCCCCUCUGUUUGGCAUUUCCAAGCGCUUCUAUUCAGGUGCAGGCGAGGAAGAGGCGGCGAGGAAUCAUUGAGAAACGUCGUCGUGACCGAAUCAACAACAGCUUGAGUGAACUCCGCAGGCUGGUGCCGAGCGCCUUUGAGAAGCAGGGUUCAGCCAAGUUGGAGAAAGCUGAAAUUCUGCAGAUGACUGUGGACCAUCUGAAGAUGCUCCAUGCUGCAGGUGGCAAAGGGUUUUUAGACGCGCACGCCCUGGCAAUGGAUUACCAAAGUCUGGGUUUCCGGGAGUGCCUGGCGGAGACGACGCGCUACCUCAGCGUGGUGGAGGGUCUGGAAAACGCCGACCCCCUGAGGAUCCGGCUGGUGUCGCACCUUAACAACUACGCCAGCCAGCGCGAGGUCCACAUGGGGCUGGGCCAGCUGGCGGCGUGGGGUUCUGCCUUCGCCUCGCCAACGGUGCCCCACAUGCCCCGCCUGCCGUUCGUGGCCGGGUUGCCCCGCACCGGCAGCCCCCGGUCCUCGUCCUCUUCCGCUUCGUCGCCGCCGUCUGCAGAGAGGCAAAGUGACACCGCCACCCCUCACCUGGAACAGUUGCCGCCCAGUGUGUGCGGGCCCUCUGCCACCGCCGCCCCCAUCUUGCACCCCGCUCUGGUGUCCUCAUCGACGGCCAAGCACCUCCUCUCAGCAUUCCCCUUCCCUUUGGGAGCCUUCCCGCUCAUGUCUCCCGUCGCGGCCGCCGCCCUCUGCCCGCCGACCCCGAUACUUUCUGCUGUGGGCAAACCGUACAGACCCUGGGGGAUGGAGAUUGGAGCUUUUUGACUGGCCCAAAAAGACUCGCAAAUGAGCUGGACUCGUCCAAAUAUGUUUUUGUUUUUCAUUUGUACCUUGUGCCACUCCACACCUGUGACGUGUUCCCUUCUCGUCUGCCAUCUUUUCGGACCUUCACCUGUCCGCUCCAACUUGUCAUCUGUAACCUCCACCCAGCACACAUCCACACUGAAACCCUUGACCCGUUCCAUCUACGCUUGAGACUCGCAAUGAGCUGGACUCUUCAAGACUUUGUCACAUCCUUGUGUAGGGCCACAUCAGGAGAGGUGUGCAACCAGAGUGAGUCAACAUGUUGAUUGAUCGCUGUGCCUUCCCGUCUCUCCUUUUCUCUUUAUGAUGAAGUUUCUCCUUCAGCUCAUCCUUCUUUAACCCGUCUUCACCAACACGCCUCCUUCGACAUCCCGACAGAGAUGGCGCACCCCUCCCCCUCUCACAGUCCCUAAAAAAAUGUCAAAACAAAUUCAAUACUCUAGACCACUAUCACAUUGUAUAUCUUGCCUACCCACUGGGGUUGUUUACACCUCCGUUUUGAUGUUUGUCUUGUUGCUCAUUGCAAGCAUCCUAAAAUAAACAAGCUCUGAUGAAUCA